UUGGUAGGAAUAGGAUUUGUAUGGCACGUGUGCAUGCAACCGUGAACAGUCUGCGGUCUGCAACAGUGGCAUCAUUUGCUGAAGGAGAGAGAAAAAAGGGCAGCAGUCCAAGAUUAGGAGGAAAUCAUUCACGACUUGGCAAGAAUGGACAUGAGCGAUGGGGCAACUUCCUCUCGCUCCUCACGUUGAUCCACCAUAUUCGCGUCCUCCAAUCUACAAAGUAGACACAGCCCUUUCCGGAACAAGUUAAUGAUCCUCCUCUUGACCUCGGAGCACCCAGGAAUCCUCGACACCGGCACGCAAUGGCAAGGACGCCAGCCUCGGACGACGACGACGACGGCCCGCCCACCUACACCGUGGCACGCGGGACUCGCCGUGACCCCCGGCUCAAGGACCUCGGCAUCUCCUGCAUGCUCAACACGGAGGUGGCCGCGCUCCUCGCCGUCAUCCGCCGCCGCCCGGACCCCUACUCUUACCUCCCUCCGGCGGUCGCCGCCGCGGAGGAGGCCGUUUUCGCGGGCCUCAUCCAGUCCCUCAAGAGCCUCCGUGCCCUCCUCUUCCAGCCCCGCCAUGGCGCGUGGCGCUGCUCCGACCCGUCCAUGUACCUGUCGCCGUUCCUCGACGUCGUGCAGAGCGAGGAGGUCCCGCCGGCGGCCACCGGCGUCGCCCUGUCAUCCGUGCUCAAGAUCCUGCGGAUCGACGUGUUCGACGAGUGCUCGCCGGGCGCCCGGGACGCGAUACAGGCCAUCUUGACCGCGGUCACCAACUGCCGCAUAGAGCGCAUCGCGGAUUCCGGCGCCGAGGAGGCCGUGCUCCUCCGCGUGCUACAGGUGCUCGCCGCGCUUCUCCGCGCCCGCGCCGCGCCUCUCCUCUCGGACAGCGCCGUGUGCACCGUGGUCAACACGUGCUUCCAGGUGGUGCAGCACGCGGCCAGCAGCCGCGGCAGCGAGCUCCUGCAGCGCACGGCUCGACACUGCAUGCACGAGAUCCUGCAGGCCGUCUUCGCCCGCCUGCCGGACAUCCGAGAGAAGGCCGAAGACGACAUGUCCGUCACCUCCGCGGCAGGCUUCGGCGCGCGGUGCAUGGUUGAUGUCUUCAACUUCCUCUGCUCGCUGCUGCUCAACGCCACCGACAUGGUGAUGACGCCGGAGGGGCACGGCGCGUUCACCUCCGAGGAGGACGUGCAGCUAUUCGCCCUCGUGCUACUCAACUCGGCCGUGGAGCUCGGCGGCGAGGCCAUUGGCAAGCAUCCCAAGCUCUUGCACCUCAUCCAAGACGAUCUUUUCUACCACUUGAUCCACUACGCCACCGAGUGCAGCCCUCUGGUCCUCUCCAUGAUCUGCAGCACGGUUCUCAACCUGUACAACUUCUUGCGCAGGUUCCUGAAGCUCCAGCUGGAAGCAUUCUUCAUGUACGUGAUACUUCGAGUUGGUGGCGGUGCGAACGGGAUGCAGCUGCAGGAGGUAGCGAUCGAGGGGCUCAUUAGCUUCUGCCGGCAGCCAACGUUCGUGAUCGAGAUGUACGUCAACUAUGACUGCGACCCGCUCAUGCGCAACGUCUACGAAGAAGUCGGGAAGCUGCUCUGCAAGGCGGCGUACCCGCUGUCGAACCCGAUGACGACCGUUCAGCUCCAAGCAUUCGAGGGCCUCGUCAACAUGAUCACCACCAUUGCCGACAACGUCGAGGUCGAGAAGGCCCCGGAGCAGGAAGCGUACAACGUGGAGAUCUCCGAGUACCGUCUGUUCUGGGUGGAGCGGUGGGACUCUAGCGAGGACCAUGGCCACGAGACCUGGGUCGACUUCGUCCGCAAGCGCAAGCUCAAGAAGAAGAAGGUGGCCAUCGCCGCAAACCACUACAACCGCGACGAGAAGAAGGGCGUGGAGUUCCUCAAGCUCUGCCACCUGGUGCCCACCCCGCCGGAGCCCAAGAGCAUGGCCUACUUCCUGCGCUACUCGCCGGGACUCGACAAGGUCAAGAUCGGCGAGUUCCUCGGCGACCCCGACGAGUUCAACCUCAAAGUGCUCAAGGAGUUCACCGACACGUUUGAUUUCGCCGGCUCCAUCCUCGACACCGCGCUCCGCACCUUCCUCGAGACGUUCCGGCUGCCGGGAGAGUCGCAGAAGAUACAGCGGGUUCUCGAGCACUUCUCGGAGCGCUUCUACGAGCAGCAGACGCAGGAGGUCUUCGCAACCAAGGACGCGGCCUUCAUCCUCUGCUACUCCGUCAUCAUGCUCAACACCGACCUGCACAACCCUCAGGUGAAGAAGAAGAUGUCAGAGGAUGACUUCAUCAGAAACAACCGCGCCAUCAACUCCGGCAAGGACCUCCCCAGGGAGUACCUGUCCGAGCUCUUCCACUCCAUAGCGGUGAACGCCAUCACCAUGUUCAGCCAGGGCACCACCAACAUCGAGAUGACCACCAGCCGUUGGGCGGAGAUCGUCAAGCGAUCGCGCUCCAUCGAGCCGUUCACGCCCUGCGACUUCAAGCACAAGCUCAGUCGUGAGGUGUUCAUUGCUGUGUCCGGGCCGGCCGUCGCGACGUUGGCUGCCAUAUUCGACUACACGGACGACGAGGAAAUCCUGAACCAGUGCGUGGAGGGCUUGAUCUCUGUGGCACGCAUUGCGCGCUACGGGCUGGAGGACGUCCUUGACGAGCUCCUCUGCUGCCUCUGCAAGUUCACCACCCUGCUGAACCCCUACGCCACCACGGAGGAGACCAUCUUCACUUUCAGCAAUGAGCUCAAGCCGAGGAUGUCAACACUGGCUCUCUUCACCAUCGCCAACCGGUUCGGAGAGUCAGUGCGAGGCGCCUGGAAGAACAUCAUCGACUGCCUGCUCAAGCUCAAGCGGCUCAAGCUGCUGCCCCAGUCGGUGAUCGAACAGGACGGCACCGUGUCCAGUCGUUUAGGCCAUCGCGGCAAGUCGGAUUCAGGCGUCAUCUUCCCCUCGUCGGAACGGGGCGCCGGGACAAGCCGGCACGUGUCCGGCAUGAUCGGCCGGUUCUCACAGUUCAUGUCUCUUGACGGCGGCGGCGAGUCGCUGCUGACCGUGGGCAGCGAGUUCGAGAACAACCUCAAGAUCAUCCAGCAAUGCCAGAUCGGCAGCAUGUUCACGGAGAGCGGGAAGCUGCCUGACGAGUCGCUGCAGAACCUUGGGCGGGCGCUCAUCUUCGCGGCUGGCGGCAAGGGCCAGAAAUUCAGCACCCCGAUCGAGGAAGAGGAGACGGUGGCCUUCUGCUGGGACCUCAUAUUGCUCGUGUCCCUGGCCAACCUCGAGCGGUUCGCGUCCUUCUGGCAGCACAUGCACGACUGCUUCACGGCCGUGUCCCAGCUGCCGCUCUUCUCGGCGUGCCCUUUCGCCGAGAAGGCCAUCGUGGUGCUCUUCAAGGUGGCGGUGAAGCUGCUCCCUGGACAGCCCAGCCCCGACCGCGUGGCCGAGGAGCUCAUUUGCAAGUCCAUCAACCUGAUGUGGAAGCUUGACAAGGAGAUCCUCGACACAUGCUGCGAGGGCAUCUCGGAGUGCAUCGUGAAGCUGAUCAUGGAGCACGCCGGGAGCGUGCAGACGCCCAUCGGGUGGAAGACGCUGCUGCAUCUGCUGUCGGUCACGGGGCGGCACCCGGAGACCUUCGACCAGUCCGUUGCUGCCAUGAUCAAGCUGAUGAGCGACGGGGCGCACAUCUCGCGCUUCAACUACGCCGCUUGCAUCGAGGCUGCGUUUGGGUUCGCGGCGCUCAAGAUCAGCCCCCUCGAGAUUAGCACCAGGAUCCUGGCGCUGAUGGCCGACUCCGUGAAGUGUAUCGUGCAGUGGCACAAGUCGGGCUACUCUGAUCCGGGGAGCGGCAACAGCUCGUCGUCGGUGGAGGAGGCGUCGCGCAUGGGCAACCUGGCGACCAACAUGUUCAUCAAGCUGGCCGAGACGCUACGCAAGACGAGCCUGGUGCGGCGGGAGGAGAUCCGCAACCAGGCCGUGGCGGACCUGGGCCGGAGCUUCUCGCUGGCCGCCGCGGGGGACCUGGACUUGGGCCCUGCGGGCUGCCUGGCCUGCUUCAACCUCGUCAUAUUCGCCAUGGUGGACGACCUGCACGAGAAGACGCUCGAGUACUCCCGGCGGGAGGGCGCGGAGCGCGAGACGCGCAGCAUGGAGGGCACGCUCGCCGCCGCCACCGAGCUGCUGGCCGACGUCUUCGUGCUUUUCCUGGGGACGCUGGCGCAGGGGCCGGGCUUCCGGACCUUCUGGCUCGGCGUGCUGCGUCGGAUGGACACCUGCAUCAAGUCCGACCUGGCGGCCGGCGGCGGCGCCGGCGUGAUGCAGGAGCUGGUGCCGCGGAUGCUCAAGAGGAUGAUCCUCGAGAUGAAGAACAAGGAGGUGCUGGUGCAGAGAGAAGGAGAUGAGCUCUGGGAGAUCACCCACAUCCAGAUCCAGUGGAUUGCACCUGCCGUCAACGAAGAGCUGUUCCCCGAGUAGUUAAUUAACUACUGCUACUAGUUCACCUCAGACUAAGCAAUGUUUGAAACAACCAAGGAAAGGAAAUUAGAUUCAUACUGUACUUUGUAGGGCUGCAUUUACCUGCAUAGCUUGUCGUAUGUAGUAGUUUCCAGGCUGAUGGCUUAUCUGCAUCUCCCAUUUCUUGGUGCCAACUUACCAUGCCACAAGCUUGAACAAUGAUCGUUUGGGGAUAACUAGUUGACAAUUAACUGCAUCUGCACGGUUAAUUACUCCA